AUGUUGAGACAAGUUGUGACUAAUCAAGCUGGGCAGCAAAUAAAAUCUAGACAAGAAGAGGUUGACACUUCGAGGAUUCGUAAAUUCUUGAGAAUGAAUCCUCCCAGUUUCAUGGUUUCGAUCACUACUGAGAAUCCAGAGAAUUUUGUUGAGGAACUGAAGAAAGUUUUUUAUGUGAUGCAUGUUGCUGAUGCUAAACGAGUUGAACUAACUGCAUAUCAACUAAAAACUGUAGCUAGGACUUGGUUCGAUCAGUGGAAUGAGGGUAGAGAUGAGGAUGCACCAUAUCUGAGAAAAGAGUAUGGAAGCAAGAAAGCUAAGACUGGGAAUGAGUCUGGGCACCAGAAAGGUGUUAUAAAUCGACCACAAUUUCAGAAACAAAAGGGUCUUGCACCAUCAUGUGCUAGUGUGCCUGCACCCAGAAACAAAGAUGAACAUCAUGGCCAGAAUUCGCAGAACUUCAGAGCUAGACCAACACAGUCUCAAGGAAGUGUAGCACAGGGAGGUAGUUCGGCUCCUGCAUAUGCUAAGUGUGGUGUAACCCACCCAAGUAAAUGUUGUGAUGGCUAA